AUGUAUUUAGAAAACAUUUUCAGUGCUGAUGAUAUUUAAAAAUAAUUACCUUAAGAAACAACUAAAUUUAUGGGGGUUGAUAAAUUUUGGAGAGACAUUAUGAUGAAAACAUUCAAAAGACCAUUAGUAUAAGAUUGUUGUAAUUCUGAAGAAUUAUUAAAGAAGUUUUAGAUUAAUAAUAAAAUACUGGAAGAUAUUUAAAAAAGCUUAGAUAAUUACCUAGAAACAAAGAGAUAAGCCUUUCCAAGAUUUUACUUUUUGUCAAAUGAUGAGUUAUUGGAAAUUUUAUCAUAAACUCGUAAUCCUCAUGCAGUUUAAGCUCAUUUAAGAAAGUGUUUUGAUAACAUAAAUAGAAUAAAAUUCUCUGAUAUUGAAGAUUCAACUGAAAUUAUUGCAAUGUAAUCAGCAGAACCAGAGACAAUGCCUGAAUUAGUUCCAUUUUCAACAAUAGUUAUGGCUUAAGGUCCAGUAGAACAUUGGCUAUUGAGAAUUCAAAAUAUGAUGGUUAAAUCAUUAUAUGAUAUUACUAAGAAGGCAUAUUUAGCAUAUCCAUAAAAGGAAUUAGAGAGAGAUGAGUGGUUAUUCGACUACCCAGCAUAACCAGUUUUGACAGUUGAUUUGAUAAAAUGGACAGAAGGAUGUACAACAGCAAUUGAGAGAAUGGGCAUGGGUAGAAAGACAUCAUUAUCAUAAUAUUACGAUUUUAUGGUCUAAUUAUUGAAUAGGGAAGUAUCAAUUGUGAGAGGAGAUCUGAAUACUCUUCAAAGAACAUUGAUGGGUGCUUUGAUUGUGUUGGAUGUACAUGCUAGAGAUGUUGUUGCAACUAUGGUUGAUAAGAAUGUAGCAUCUUUGAAUGAUUUUGAAUGGGCUAAACAAUUGAGAUAUUAUUGGGAGGCAGAUGUAGACAAUUGUGUAGUCAGAUAAACCAAUACAAGAUUCAUUUAUGGUUAUGAAUACUUGGGUAAUGGACCAAGAUUAGUUAUUACUCCACUUACUGAUAAAUGUUAUAUGACAUUGACCGGAGCAUUACAUUUAAAUUUUGGAGGUGCUCCUGCAGGACCUGCUGGUACUGGUAAAACUGAGACAACCAAGGAUUUGGCUAAAGCAUUAGCUGUUCAAUGUGUGGUGUUUAAUUGUUCUGAUGGUUUGGAUUUCAAAACUAUGGGUAGAUUCUUUUCAGGAUUAGCAUAAUGUGGAGCUUGGGCAUGUUUCGAUGAAUUUAAUCGUAUAGACAUUGAAGUCUUGUCAGUCAUAGCCUAAUAAAUAUUGACUAUAUAAUAGGCUAUUAGGUAGAAAGUGGAUCAAUUUGAUUUUGAAUCUCGUACAAUUCCUUUGAAUAGAAGAUUUGGAGUAUUUAUUACAAUGAAUCCAGGAUAUGCAGGUAGAACUGAAUUACCAGAUAAUCUUAAAGCUUUAUUCAGACCAGUAGCUAUGAUGAUUCCCGAUUAUGCUAUGAUUGCAGAAAUCAUUCUAUUUUCAGAAGGAUUUGAAGGUGGUAGAAUAUUAGCUCGUAAGAUGGUUAAUUUAUAUUCAUUAUCAUCUGAACAAUUAAGUAAACAAGAUCAUUAUGAUUUUGGUAUGAGAGCAGUCAAAUCAGUAUUGGUUAUGGCAGGUGCCUUACGUAGAAAGAAUGCAAAUAAACCUGAGAAUGAAGUGCUUAUCAAAGCAAUGAAGGAUAGCAAUGUACCAAAGUUUCUUGAGCAUGAUCUACCAUUAUUCAAUGGAAUCAUCAAAGAUUUAUUCCCAGAAGUGGAUAUGAAAGAAGAAAUCGAUAAAUAAUUAGUUGAUGCUAUUACAAAUUAACUCAAAUUAAUUCACUAUGAUGAUCCAGCUGCAUAUAAAAAGAAGAUCUGCUAAUUGAUGGAAACCAUUUAAGUGAGACACGGAGUCAUGGUUGUUGGUCUAACUGGUACUGGUAAGACUACAUUAAUACAUACUCUUGCAAGAGCUAUGGAAUAAUUAAACAAAGAAGGAUCUUAAGAUUAUUAUCAUAAAGUUGUGUAAAAGUAAACAUUGAAUCCAAAAUCAGUUACAAUGAAUGAAUUGUUUGGUUAUACUAAUGUGUUAACAAAUGAAUGGACAGAUGGUAUUGUUGCUAGUAUAGUAAGAACUGCAGUUACAGAUACAACUGAUCAGAAGAAGUGGAUCAUUUUCGAUGGUCCUGUAGAUGCACUUUGGAUUGAAAAUAUGAAUACAGUGUUGGAUGAUAAUAAGAUGUUAUGUUUAAACAAUGGUCAGAGAAUUAAGUUGCCUGCAACAUUCACUAUGAUGUUUGAAGUAUAAGAUUUGGCAGUUGCAUCUCCAGCUACAGUAAGUAGAUGUGGUAUGGUUUAUAUGGAACCACAUCAUCUAGGAUGGGAACCAUUAGUAAAGACUUGGGGAGUCUAAUUGAGAGAAUAAUAUAUGAAAGACGAUAAGGUUCCAACAUAUGUAGAUACUCUAAUUGAUAAGAUUGAGCAUUUCUUUAAAGAUAACUUGAAGGUUGUGAGAGAAGAAUUCAAAGAGAAAAUUCCAACUACUGUUAACAAUAUCUUGAAAUCACUACUAAAUUUGGCUUAAAUCAAUCUUAAAUUAUUGACUGAUACAGUUGUUCUAGAGAAGUUGAACAAAUUUGAUAUGGAAUCUCAUAUUGCAAUGGUAUUGAUUUUCAGUUACAUCUGGAGUGCUGGAGCAAAUCUACAUGAUUCUAGUAGAUCUUAAUUUAGUUAGUAUUUGAAAGGAAAGAUCAUUUCACUAUUCAGUGGAUUCCCAUUUGAAGGAGAUGUCUAUGAUUACUAUUGUGAUUACAAAACUAAGGAAUUUAAACCUUGGACUGAGAAAAUCUCAGAGUUUAAAUAUGAUUCAAGCAUACCUUAUUUCAAUAUCCUUGUACCAACAAGUGACACAGUCAAAUUCAAAUAUUUGAUCACUCAAUUGAUUGAAGGAGGAUUCAAUAUUCUUCUAUCAGGAGAAACUGGUACUGGAAAAACUGUUAUUAUAAAUGAAUACUUGUAUAGUUUAGAAUCAGAAAGGUUUGUGUUCUCUACACUGAACUUCUCUGCAUAAACUAGUGCCAAGAACUUAUAAGAUCUAUUUAUGGAUAAAGAUAAGUUCAUGAAAAAGAAGAAAGAUCUGUUAGGUCCACCAGCUGGUCGUAAAAUGAUCCUCUUUAUUGAUGAUGUUAACAUGCCUGCAUUGGAAAAGUAUGGUGCACAACCACCAAAUGAAUUGUUUAGAUAAAUCAUCGAUUAAGGUGGAUUCUAUGAUCUCAAGAAGUUGUACUUCAUGUAUGUUAAGGAUUGUCAAUUCAUUACAGCCUGUGCACCUCCUGGAGGUGGACGUAACCCUGUUACUCCUCGUCUAUUCAGGCAUUUCAACCAAACCUGGUGUCCUGAUCUCUCUUAAAGUUUCCUGGAAGUCAUUUUCACUGCUAUUCUUAAAGGAUUUCUUAUGGAAUAAAAUAAAGGAUUGGACAAAUUUGCAUCUUACAUUGUCAAAUCAAGUGUCGAAAUCUACUUUAAAAUUACCAAGGAGUUGUUACCUACUCCAACCAAGUCUCAUUAUACUUUCAACUUGAGAGAUCUCAGCAAAGUUAUCUAAGGAAUUUUAUAAAUUAGAUAUGAAAACUUAACUAAUAAGGAAAUGCUCAUUUAAUUGUGGACACAUGAAUCACAAAGGGUAUUCUAAGAUAGAUUGGUUGAUGACAAAGAUAGAGAUUGGUUUUUGACUCUUUUAUUGGGACACACUCAGAGAGUCUUUGAAUUUGAAUGGGAAAAACCUCAAGUUUAGAAUCUACUCUUUGGUGAUUAUAGCAACGCUAAUAAGGAUUAUAUUAGAAUUGAUAAUCCAUAAGAAUUGCCACGUAAAUUCUAAGACAUCUUAAAUAUGUAUAAUGCAUCUCAAAAGCAAAUGAAUCUUGUGUUUUUCACUGAUGCCAUCAUGCAUCUUAGUAGAUUAUGCAGAAUUCUGAGAUAACCUAGAGGAAAUGCACUUCUGAUUGGUGUUGGUGGUUCAGGAAGACAAUCACUGACCAAAUUAUCUGCUUAAACAAGAGGGUAAACUGUAUUUAGCAUAGAAAUCACCAAGAAUUAUAGAGAGCAAUCAUGGAAGGACGAUCUUAAGAAACUAUUAAAAUAAGCAGGAGCUAAGGACUAACCUGUAGUAUUCUUGUUCUCUGAUACUUAAGUUGUUAGAGAAUCAUUUUUAGAAGAUAUCAACAACGUUCUUAAUACUGGUGAAGUACCUAAUUUAUGGGCAUCUGAAGACAUUGAAGAAAUUAUCAAUGAUGUCAGGCCAUUGGCAAAGGAAUAGGGAUUAUACGAUUCCAGAGAUGUUUUGCUUAAAUUCUUUGUAAGUAGAGUAAGAGAGAAUUUGCAUAUUGUCUUAGCAUUCUCACCUGUCGGAGAAAAGUUGAGAAACAGAUGCAGAUAGUUCCCUUCAAUUAUUAAUUGUUGUACCAUUGAUUGGUUUGAUAAAUGGCCAGAUGAGGCACUUAAUAGUGUUGCAAUGAAAGAUUUGGGAGGUUAGGAACAUUUGGGUAUUGGAGAUUUUGUAGACAGUUUGGCUAGCAUGUCUGUCAUCAUCCAUUCAGACGUGAAAACAUAUAGUGAAAGAUUUUAUGAUGAAUUAAGAAGAAAGAACUAUGUUACACCUACAAGUUAUUUGGAAUUAUUGAAAUUGUACAUUGACAUGAUGAAGGUGUAAUCUAAUAUAUUACCUUAAAAAAUAAAGAAAUAUACUGUUGGUUUAUAAACUUUGAAAGACACUAAUGAGGAAGUUGGAAAGCUGCAAAAGAAAAUUAUUGAAUUUUAACCUAUUCUUGAGCAAAGUGCAAAAGAUAAUGCCAAAAUGAUGAUUGAAUUAGAAGGCAAAUCAAAAGAAGCUAAUGUGACUGAGUAAAUUGUAUCAAAAGAGGCAGCUGAGGCAUAGAAGAAAAAGGAUGAAGUUAAUGAAAUGAGAGAUUCCUGCUAAGCUGAAUUAGAUUAAGCAUUGCCUAUCUUAGAAUAGGCUUAAAAAGCAGUUUAGAGUAUUGAUAAAGCGGCUAUUAAUGAAAUGAAAGCCUUAAAAACUCCACCAAAUCUAGUGUAAAUUGUCAUGUGUGCAGUCAACUUACUUUUUGGAGAAAAAGAAGACUGGCCAACUGCGUAAAAACUUCUAGGCCGUAUGACAUUUAUUCAAGAUUUACUUGAAUUUGAUGUAACAACAGUUCAAGAGAGAAGACUACAGAAGUUGAAGUAAACUUAUCUAAGCAAUCCUGAUUUCACUAGAGAAAAGAUUUUGAAUGUGUCAUAAGCAGCUACAACUUUGUUAGUAUGGGUAGUUGCAACUGAAAAGUUUGCUUAAGUUAAAAAGGUAGUUGGUCCUAAGGAGAAGGCAUUAAAGGAAGCUGAAGCAUCUUUGAAGAAGGUUGAAUAAGAAUUGGCAGUAAAGAUGGGAUAAUUGAAGGAAGUGUAAGAUAUGGUUAACGAACUCAAGAGAAAUCUUUAGACUUCUAUUAAUAAAUCAGAAAUGUUGAGAUAACAGCAAUAGACAGCUGAGAUCUAAUUAGUAAGAGCAGAGAAGUUAGUCUCAGGAUUAGCUAGUGAGGCUGAGAGAUGGAAAGUUAAUGCAGCGCUGUUAGAAGAAGAUUUAAGGAAUUUAGUUGGUAAUAUUAUGUUAGCUGCUGGUUCAAUAGCAUAUCUAGGACCAUUUACUUACAAUUAUAGAUCUGAAAUUAUAGCUAAAUGGAUCAACAAUUGUAAGGAGUUGAGUAUUCCUGUGAGUGACAAUUUCACUCUCUAGAGAAUUUUAGCAGAAGAAGUAACUAUAAGAGAAUGGCAAGAAGCUGGAUUACCUGCAGAUAAUCUAUCAAUUGACAAUGGAAUCUUUGUUUUCAACUGCAGGAGGUGGCCCUUAAUUAUCGAUCCAUAAGGUCAAGCUAAUAAAUGGAUUAAAGCACUAGGAAAGGAAACUAAUUUACAAAUUACAAAAUUAAGCGAAAGUAAUUUCUUGAAGACUCUUGAAAACUCUAUUCGUUUUGGAUAAUAAGUGUUAAUGGAAAAUGUUGAGGAAGAACUAGAUCCAUCUUUAGAACCUAUAUUAUAAAAAUAAACCUUCAAAAAAGGAGCUGUGUUUCUAUUACGUUUAGGUGACUAGGAUAUUCCAUACAACAAUGACUUCAAAUUAUAUUUUACUACCAAACUACCAAAUCCUCAUUACAUACCUGAAAUCAGUAUUAAAACUACUAUCAUCAACUUUACAGUCACACCUUAAGGUUUAGAAGACUAAUUGUUGGUUGAAGUGGUGCGAUAAGAAAGAAUCGAUUUGGAAGAGAAAAGAGUUAAUUUGAUUCUUUAAAUAUCCUAAGAUAAGAGAUAAUUACAAGAAUUGGAAGAUAAGAUAUUGAAGUUGAUAUCUGAGGCAUAGGGUAGAAUAUUGGAAGAAGAAGAUUUGAUUACAACCUUGGAUGCAUCUAAAAUUACAUCUGAUACAGUCAAUUAACGUAUGGCUUAGUCUAAGAUUACUGCUGAGGAAAUCAAUUAAGCAAGAGAACAAUAUCGUAUUAUUGCUAGAAGAGGAUCAGUCAUUUACUUUGUGAUUGCAGAUCUUGCUUUGAUUGAUCCUAUGUAUCAAUAUUCUUUAGAGUUCUUUAUUAAAUUAUUUAAAAAGAGACUAGAAGUAGCACCCAAUCCUCCAUCAUUAGAAGAAAGAUUGGCAAUACUGAUUGACGAUAUUACGAAAGCAUUUUAUAUCAAUAUUUGUAGAGGAUUGUUUGAAAAAGAUAAAUUGUUGUUUAGUUUUUUGAUUGCUAGUAAAAUCUAAUUGUAAGCUCAAUACAUACAUGCUAGAGAAUGGAACAUCUUUUUAAGAGGAGGCACUGGCACAGUACCUCAUGAAGAACACCCUUCAUUUUUAAAUGAGAAAUCAUGGAAGAAUUUAAACAAUCUCAUGUCUUUGCAUAAUGUGCCAAUGUCCUUAAGGGAUAGUAAUGAUGAAUAAUUAUGGAGAGAAGUAAUGGAUGUUUAAGAUCCAUGGAAAUGUGAUUUACCCCUUGUGUUCCGUUCAUUGGAUCCAUUUUAGAAGUUACUAUUAUUCAAAACACUUAGAGAUGAAAAAUUGGUUAUCUUAAUUAAAAAUUAUGUGUCAGACACCUUAACAUCAUUCUUUAUUGAACCACCUGUCUUCAAUUUGAGAGGGGCCUUCUAAGAUUCAUCUUGCACUACUCCAAUUAUAUUCGUAUUAUCUCCAGGUGCUGAUCCAAUUACAUAUUUAUUGAACUUGGCUAAAGAUAUGGAAAUGGAAACUAAAUUAAAAAUCAUCUCAUUGGGACAAGGAUAAGGUAAUAUUGCAAAGGAGUUGAUUAAGACAGGUAGAAGAACAGGAGAUUGGGUAUGUUUGUAGAAUUGUCACUUGGCUAUUACUUGGAUGCCAGAAUUAGAGAGAAUUUAAGAAUUGCAAGUAGAGGCAGACACUGAUGCCAAUUAUAGAUUAUGGUUAACCAGUAUGCCUACUGAUAAAUUCCCUGUUCCUGUGUUACAGAGUGGUAUCAAAUUAACAAACGAACCACCCAAAGGAUUAAAAGCCAAUAUGAUGAGAACUUAUAAUGAUCUAUCUGGAUAUGAUUCUUGCACUAAGUAGGAUGAAUAUAAGAAACUCUUAUUCUCCUUAGCUUUCUUCCAUGCAGUUAUUUUGGAAAGGAGAAAGUUUGGACCCAUUGGUUGGAAUAUUCCAUAUGAAUGGAUGAAUUCAGAUUUUGAAACUUGUUAAUUACAAUUGAAGAUGUAUUUGGAUGAAUAGCCAGAAGUACCAUAUCAAACACUUAAUUAUAUAAUCUCAGAAAUCAAUUAUGGUGGCAGAGUUACAGAUGAUAAGGAUGUUAGAUUGAUUACUGAUCUACUCAAAUAGUAUUUCUGUCCAGCCAUUCUGAAUGAUCCAAACUAUAUAUUCUCAUCUAGUGGUGUUUAUCAUCCUCCUUAGAUUGUAGAUUUGCAAUCAGUUAUUUAAUAUAUUAGUUCAUUGCCUUUGGAAGAUGAUCCAGAAGUAUUUGGAUUACAUGCCAAUGCAAAUAUUACAUUCUAAUAAAAAACAGUGGCUGAAUUUAUGAGUACCUUACUAUCAGUGCAACCGAGAAUGGUAGCAGAAAAGGGAGUAGAAGAAACACCUGAUUAAAUUGUGUUUAAAGUAGCCAAAGAGAUAUUAGGAAAAUUGCCUCCAGUUCUAGUUUAGAAGAAAGAAGUGGCCAUUGAAUCAUUGGCUAUUUUUAGAUCAUAAGAAGUCGACCGUUUCAUUAAAUUGGUCCGAGUUAUGAAAAACUCAUUGGAAUUAUUACAGAAGGCUAUUCAAGGAUUAGUUGUUAUGUCUAUUGAAUUAGAAAAAAUGUUCAAUUCCUUCUUGGAUGCUAAGGUUCCUGAAAAUUGGGAGAAUGUGGCCUAUCCAUCUCUAAAACCUUUAGGAUCCUGGGUUACGGAUCUCAACUAAAGACUGGACUUCUUUAAGUAGUGGCUCGAAAAUGGAACUAUGAAAUCGUAUUGGUUGUCAGCUAUGUUCUUCCCUCAAGGAUUCAUGACUGCCACUAAAUAGACUUAUGCUCGUAAAACCAAGACUCCUAUUGAUACUUUGACCUUCAGAACUUAGGUUAGACCGUUCUACAGGGAUAAUAUUUAGGAUGUUCCUUAAGAUGGUGUCAACAUUGAUGGUCUCUAUCUACAAGGAUGCAAAUGGGAUGUAGGAACUAAUCAAUUGGAGGAAUCUGAUCCUUUAGUUUUGUUUCAAGAAAUGCCAGUUAUUUGGCUUGAACCUAAAUUCUACAAAUGUCCUCUUUACAAGACUUCCACUAGAAGGGGAACACUAUCAACAACAGGUCAUUCAACCAACUUUGUUUUAUAUUUGGAACUAAUUACUGGUGUGGAACCAGCUGUUUGGACUAGACGUGGAGUUGCACUAUUAUGUCAACUUGAUGAUUGA